GGCUAUUACCAUGAAAGCCUUCGAUGUGUCCCCGAAAGAAGACGGAAGUGUGUUGAUGAUGCUUGGCCCCGUUAAAUUCCUCGCCAAAACAAACGGCUACAGGAGAUCCGAAAACAGUCCCACGGUUGAGGCCGGCCAUCGUAUGUCCCCGACAUUCGUGCCUUUUGACACGUCGGACAAGGGUCUUCCUGGUAUAGCAAUGAUAGAGAGACAGAGGACGCCACAUAGUUUUCCAACACAGCAGACGUCAGCGAGUGGGGGCCGGCGCCGCAACAAACAGAACCAGCCGCGUCGUCCACCAGGCGAGGAUGAGCAUGGUCCUCUUGUGGGUUCGUCCCGCCGGAUGGAGUGUGUUGGACCGUCUCAACCGUCCAGCCGGCAAGACCAAGGCACCCGUGUCAUCACAUACAAAAGGAAGGCCCUGCCAACUCGUCCCUCUCCCAGUUGCCAGAAGGACGAAGGUGGUGCGUCCAGGAAGGCGGCGCUGCGGGAGAUAAGCGAAGGAUCAGACGAGGAAACGGAGGACGAUUCUAGGGUAUGUGUUGAUCGACAUCCACAGGGUAAUCAUGUCGUCGGCGAUGACGAAUGUGGUGUCGAUGAGGACGACGUCGAAGAGGAGAACAACGAGAGGGAGAGAGAGAGAGAGGAUCGUGAGGAAACUAUGCAUGACUGCGAGGGUGGGGAGUCUCAACAAUACUAUGAGGAGGACGACGGGGGCGAUGGAGAAAACGAUCAUGCCUAUCCUGUAGGUGAUGACAAUGGACGGCAAGAGCGGUCGGCUGAUGUGGGGGUCAACAACGCAACAGGAGAGCGGUCGAAGGCCAGUGUCCAGAAAAGGAAGCGACAAUCUUCAACAAGUCCAACGGCGGCGGCGGAUAAGCGCGCUGCGAAGAAACUCAUUGUCGCUGCAUCUCGACAGGCGCUCAAAGCUUCUCAAGAGGCGGUCGUUGAAAGCGUGAAGAAACGAAAAGGGUCCGCGUCGACAAGGGCGACAAAAGUUGAGAAACGUCCACCGAAAAGAAAGCAGAUGGUGGAUGAGGGUGACUCUGGAGAGGAUGCCGAAGGGGUUCCUCCAAGAGAUGUCUCGGAACAGACACAACCUUCCGUCGACACCCGUGAUGAAGCCAUCGACACAACACGGUGCUUCUUCUUGGAGUUCGAUGAAGAUGGGUUUGCAAAGAAGAAAAGAGAACACAUUGAAGUGGACGUCACGAAGAUCUUGUCAAUCCCUGAAUGUGACAUCCUCUUCAACCAUAGAACGUUGGACGAAACGUUGGUGCAGUCCAUAUAUGAUGCGAUCCAUCAUGCGGCCAAGGAAACCAAUGGGAAGUGGGAUUUCAUGACUUUCAUCCUGGCUCACAUUGUGCCCAACACGGACGGGUCUCAAGGCAGACGGAUCACACCGGAGCAAUUCGACGUCGAACUGGCUCAUACAUUCAACUGAUAUGCUGUUGCUGGCCAGCACACGGCUGAGGCAAUGAACAGACUCAUUAAAG